AUGCUUAGGAGUUUUGAAUUGGAUUUUUUGAAUCUUUGCGAAAAUAACUUUUGGUUUUUAAAUUGCUUUGAAUGGCCAGAACGAGAUUUGCUCCAAUGGGGAGGUUAUGUGGUUGAAUAUGGUAGCUUCAAGUGUUUCCCCGUUGGCAGCUUCUUCACUGCUUUGUUCAAAGGCGAACAUGUUGGUUACGGAUAUAUAUCUAUAGAGGAGUUGGAAUAUGUAGAUUUAUAUCCCUUUUGGGAGAUAUAUAGCUUAAGAAGUAACUCUUGGAAGAAACUUGAUGUUUUUGACAUGCCGUAUUCUUCAGAUUACAUAGAGGGAACUCAAGUCUACAUGGAUGGGGUGUGUCAUUGGUUUUGUUUUGAAGAUAGACCAGAUGAACAAUGUGUGGUGUCAUUUUACUUAAGCAAUGGGGAAUUCUUCAUAACACCCAUACCCUCAGAUGAUGAUUAUUUUGAAUUUGAUGAAACAUCAUGGAUAAACUUGGCCGUGUUAAAUAGGUCAAUUGCAUUGUUCUCAUAUCAUGAAGAUACAACUUUUCACAUAUCAAUUUUGGGUGAAUUUGGUAUGAAGGAGUCCUGGACUAAACUCUUAACCGUUGGAUCAUUGCCUUGCAUUAAGCAUCCUCUCGGAGUGGGGUCGAAAGGAGAAAUAUUCUUCUAAGAUCACUAUUGUUGUCAAGUACAUUAAGGGCCCGUUUGGUGUGCAGGAUAGAGAGACAUGAUAUGAUAACACAAUCCUAUCCUAUUCAAAUCUCUUGUUUGGUGCAUUAAUUGGAAAGGAUAAAAUAAACCUAUUACUUAUCCUAUCCUACUUAGCCUUUGUUAUUUUAAUCCUUAUUUUAAGCUAGGUUAGCAACAUGAUAGGAUAUACUAAUACUGUUCCUCACUUCGAUUCCUGUUGAAACCAUUUUCGUGAUUUUAUUUA